GGGCAGUUCCCGUCUAGGCCUCAGGACAUUGUGUCUCCACUGGCCAUUAUUUACCCGAGUUCCGGUUAUCUCUCUCUCUUUUUAUAUAUACUACGUCAGUCGCAUCAUUGCUUUUGAUACGUCCAAGACGCAGUUUUUUUUCUGGGUUUUUUCUAACGGGCUAAAUUCCAAGCAGACUGAACUUGGUGGUUCCAUCUCGUGUGUCCACAUCAACCAUCAUCACGUUUAUUGCCAGCUGAUUGUCGCUUACCGUAGCCAACAACUAUAGUUGAGCACAAUAAAUACUCUGAGUUGAGAUCGACACCAUGACGGGCACAACAAAACAGCUGGCGGAACGGCAAUCGUUUUGGAGGACGCUCUUCGAAGCCAAAACAUUGGCUGGCCAGCUGGUCUCAUUAGCACGAGAUCAUACCGAUGGCGUCACUUACGAUGACCUGCCCCACUACGGACGAGUGCGUGUUGUCGUCAAGCCUGCGUCCAGUCUGGGGGACAAUUUUAUGAGCGACACGUUUAUUGUAACGGCUCAAAUCAGCGGAUGGGAGGCCAUUGCCAGCGACGGUGACACCUUGAGCACCUUUGUCAAGGUGCUGCCUUCGAAUUUCUUGCUGCGUCAAGCGGCUUAUGAAUCUCGCGUCCAUCAGCGCGAGAUUAAGAUGUACGACCCUUUCUUUGUCCUCCUCAGGGAGAUGUAUGCGGAUCAACCGAUACCGCUCAAUGUUCCACAUUGUUACUACACUCAUGUGGAGGAGGUUGUCAACGGCGAAACGGAUGCGUCGGCUAUUUGCAUCUUGCUCCAAGACCUCAAAGCGGAGAAUUAUCGCAUGGCGGAUAAAACGCGAGGAGCUGACUAUCGUCACUGUCACAUGGCACUCACCUCGUUAGCUCAUUAUCACGCCCUAACUCUGAACGCACUGAGGCAGUGGAAAGACCCGUCCACCUGCCAACUAUCGAAUUGCCCGCCGAAUGCGAAAUUCCUCCUGGAGGAGAAAACGACUUACGAUUUCGGUUUGGUUCAGCAUAUUCAAAAUUCUUCGAAACGCAUGCUGGAGUUUAUCCAAGAAGCCAACAGGCCCGAUCUUGUUGAAUGGUUUACGGUGUUGCUGCAACGUCUCCACGACGUCAUCCUGAUCGACACGUUCGAGAGCAGUGGGCCGCUAGCGUGCGUCUUGCACGGGGAUUACUGGAUCAACAACAUGCUGUUCAAAUACGAAGACGAAGGCGAAGUCAAUUCCAGCGCACCUGCCAUCCCGGUUGCUUUAAAAAUGAUUGAUUUUCAAAUUUCAAGAAUCGGACAUCCGAUUAGCGACAUCCUUUACUUCAUGUACUCGAGCGUCGCUCCGGAGACGAGGGAGAAACAUAUGCUCGUUUUGCUUCGUUAUUACUUCGAUACACUAACGACUGAUUUGCGGUUACUUGGCGUUUCGCUCGAUGACUACAAUUGGCAAGACUUUUUGGACGAUUACAAGAAAAGAUCGCAAAUGUGGAUGCUGAUGGGCAUCGUCGUUCUGUCGGCUGCCCUCAACAAGACGGCUGUCAACGAUUUACAAGAGCUCGAUGCGGAGGAAAAACUGAAGGGACCCAAACCAUCAGGGACGGAUGCGGAGCCAGUCAAAGGCGAAACUGGAUUCAGCCUCGAACUGGAGGAAACGAUGAAGAACAUGAUGGCCACUCGCAAGUUGAGCGAUAACCCGAUUCUAACUGAUCGUCUCGUGAAACUCAUAAGCGAAGUCAAAGAUUUAAACUGUUCGGUUCCAUCUUACCAGCAAUGUUGAGCUGGUCAACUAUGUGUGAGAAAUGUAUCCAAUAAGCCGGACCCUAUCUAUCCCACCCCUCCCCCCAAAAAAAGUAUAAAUUGGUUCAUAAUUUGUUUGUAUUUUGAACUUGUUUUUGUUGCACGGAUUUGCCAGUCAUGGUGUUCUACUUUCAGUCGUGCUCUAGCAAUCGGAGAGAUAAGAGGCCAAUGUGAAAACUGGGAUCGACCAAUAACGUGUCCUAACUAACAACGUUGUUCGAGAGAUAAUAUUAUACUUGUGUAGGUGGUCA